GGAGCCUGCAGACGAUAAGAUUCACUUUCGGACUAAACUUACGAUUUGUACCGAAAGAGGACAGCUACAGGACACAGUACUGGAACAACUGGACUAUUAACAGGUAUGGGGAGAGGGCUACUGGUUGAAUGCACGUUUGAGGAAAAACACAGCUGAAAGUAAAAGUAACUUUAAGAAACCGCUGGAAAAGUAGAAGAGGAACCACGGCGGAUUUUCUUCCCGCGCGAUUGGUGUGCGUGAGCAUUUUACAAACAUAAUGGCUUCCAUAUCAGAGGAGGAUCUCUCCUGUUCAGUCUGCCAUGAUAUCUUCACAGAGCCUGUUGUCCUGUCAUGUAGCCACAGCUUCUGUAAAGACUGUCUGCAGAGAUGGUGGAGAGGGAAACCAAUCCGAGAGUGUCCAAUGUGUAAGAGGAGGUCAUCGAGGAGUGAGCCACCUCGUAACUUGGCCUUAAAGAACCUGUGUGAGUCUUUCCUACUGAAAGAAGAUCAGAGAGCUUCAGGGACUCUCUGCAGUCUGCACUCUGAGAAACUCAAACUCUUCUGUCUGGACCAUCGGCAGCCGGUGUGUGUCGUGUGCAGAGAUUCAUGGAAACACAACCACCACAGAUUCAGACCCAUCGAUGAGGCUGCACAGGAUCACAGAGAGGAGCUCCAGGAAGCCCUGAAGCCCUUAAAGGAGAAACUGAAGCUCUGUGAACAAGGUAAAGGAAACUGGGAUCAAACAGCCGAACACCUGAAGGUCCAGGCCGGACGCACAGAGACGAAGAUUAAGGAGCAGUUUAAGAAGCUUCACCAGUUUCUAGAAGAGGAAGAGGAGGCCAGGAUCUCUGCUCUGAGGGAGGAAGAGAAGUGGAAGAGUCAGAGGAUGAAGGAGAAGAUGGAGGCUCUGAGCAGAGAGAUAGCAGCUCUUUCAGACACAGUCAGAGCCACAGAGGACGAGCUGAGAGCCGAAGACGUCUCGUUCCUGCAGAACUACAGGGCUGCUGUGGACAGAGUCCGGCAGCGCCCCCUGCUGGAGGAUCCACAGCUGCUCCCAGGAGCUCUGAUAGACGAGGCCAAACACCUGGGCAACCUGAGCUUCAACAUCUGGAACAAGAUGAAGGAGAUGGUCUCCUACACUCCUGUGAUUCUGGACCCAAACACCGCUCAUCCAGAACUGAUCCUGUCUGAGGAUCUGACCAGCUUGAGUCGUGGAGAGAGACAGAAGCUCCCUGAAAACCCAGAGAGGUUUGACUCCUUUCACCCCGUCCUUGGCUUCGAGGGCUAUGACUCCGGGACUCACAGCUGGGACGUCGAUGUUGGAGACAGCAGGUCGUGGUUUCUCGGCGUGGCAAAGAAGUCCGUCUGGAGGAAAGGGAGGACGUGGGCUGGGAUGUGGAGGAUAGGAUUCUCAAAUGGCAAAUACAAAGCUUUCUUUCCGACAUCCCAACCGAUCGUUCUGCGAGUGAGGCGGCUCCAGAGGAUCCGGGUCAAACUGGACGGGAGAAGAAGACAGCUGUCGUUCUCCGAUCUUGAUACUGGCAACCACAUACACACCUACAGACCCACUUUCAAUGAGAGGAUGUUUCCAUACUUCAGCAAUAGCAAUGGAUUCCCCAUGAAGAUCUUACCACAGGUGGGUGAGGACGAGGAAGAAGGGGAGGACGACGAUGACUACGACGACUACAGGGAUUAUGAUGAUGAUGAUAACUACCGGGGUUAUGAUGACGACUACCGGGAUUAUGAUGACGACAACGACGACGACGAUGAUGAUGAUGAUGAUGAUGAUGAUGAUGAUGAUGAUGAUGAUAAUUACAACUACAACAGUUAUGAGGAAUACCCCCGCCGUUAUUAUUGUGAUAAUGGUGCUUAUUAGGCUGUAAAAACGUACAGCUGUGUUCAAAAUCACAGAAGUAGUAGUAGUGGUGGUUCUUUGAGUUCUCA